AUGACUAUUGGUGAUAAGCAAAAAUGGACUGCUAAAACCGUUCGUUCAACGUUUUUGGAUUACUUUAAAGAACGUGGACACAAGUUCGUGCCAUCUUCCCCGGUAAUCCCAUUCGAUGAUCCAACCCUACUUUUCGCUAAUGCUGGUAUGAAUCAGUAUAAGCCCAUUUUCUUGGGUACAGUAGACCCAUCCUCAGACUUUUACACUUUGAAGAGAGCUGUCAACUCUCAAAAGUGUAUUAGAGCUGGUGGUAAGCACAACGAUUUGGAGGAUGUUGGUAGAGAUUCCUAUCAUCAUACUUUUUUCGAGAUGCUGGGUAAUUGGUCUUUUGGCGACUACUUUAAGAAGGAGGCAAUUCACUAUUCUUGGGAGUUGUUGACAAAAGUAUACGGCAUCCCUGAGGAUAGAUUGUACGUCACAUAUUUCGGUGGUGACGAAAAGUUGGGUUUAGCACCAGAUUUGGAGGCGCGCGAAUUGUGGAAGGCUGCUGGAGUCCCAGACGAUCAUAUUUUGCCAGGUGACGCCAAGGAUAAUUUUUGGGAAAUGGGUGACCAGGGUCCAUGUGGGCCAUGUUCCGAAAUCCAUUAUGAUAGAAUUGGUGGCAGAAAUGCUGCUUCACUUGUUAACAUGGAUGAUCCUGAUGUUUUGGAGAUCUGGAAUAACGUGUUUAUUCAGUUCAACAGGGAACAAGACGGCUCUUUAAAGACGCUACCAGCUCAACAUAUCGAUACUGGUAUGGGUUUUGAAAGAUUGGUAUCGGUUCUACAUGAUGUUAGAUCUAAUUAUGAUACUGAUGUGUUCAUUCCUCUGUUUGAACGCAUUCAAGCAAUUACUGGUGUGAGACCUUACGCUGGUAAAUUUGGUGGCGACGACGCUGAUGGUAUCGACACGGCAUACAGAGUUUUAGCAGAUCACGUCCGUACCCUAACUUUUGCGUUGGCUGAUGGCGGUGUGCCUAACAACGAGGGAAGAGGUUACGUUCUUAGACGGAUUUUGAGACGUGGUGCUCGUUAUGCGCGUAAAUACAUGAACUAUCCUAUUGGAAACUUCUUUUCACAGUUGGCUCCUACCCUCAUUGACCAAGUACAAGAUAUGUUCCCUGAAGUUGCCAAAGAUCCUAGUUAUUUAUACGAGAUUUUGGAUGAGGAGGAGGCUUCAUUCGCCAAAACUCUGGACAGAGGUGAAAAGCUGUUUGAGAAGUAUGCAGAAGCCGCUAGCAAGACAGAAUCCAAAACCCUUGAUGGUAAACAAGUUUGGAGACUAUACGACACAUAUGGUUUCCCUGUUGAUUUGACUGAACUUAUGGCUGAAGAGCUAAACUUGAAGAUCGAUGGACCUGGCUUCGAGAAGGCAAAGCAAGAAUCUUACGAAGCGUCAAAGAGAGGUGGAAAAAAAGGUACUUCUGAUUUGAUCAAGCUAAAUGUCCAUGAGCUUUCAACUCUCAACACCGAGAAUGUUCCUAAGACCAAUGAUAGUGCUAAGUAUGAAUCUGCCAACAUCGAAGCCACUAUCUUGAAGAUCUACGAUGGUGAAAAAUUCGUUUCUGAAAUGACUGAAGAAGGGAAGCAAUACGGCAUAAUCUUAGACAAGACCUGCUUUUACGCCGAGCAAGGUGGGCAAGAGUACGACGUUGGUAAAAUAGUGAUCGAUGGCGCUGCUGAAUUCAAUGUCGAGAAUGUUCAACUUUACAACGGUUAUGUUUUCCAUACCGGUUUAUUGGGCGAAGGGAAGCUUUCUGUUGGAGACAAAACCAUUGCCUCCUAUGAUGAACUCCGCCGUUUCCCUAUCAGAAACAACCACACAGGAACUCACAUCCUGAAUUUUGCUCUAAUGACAGUUUUAGGUGAUGAUGUUGACCAAAAGGGUUCGCUUGUGGCUCCAGAGAAGCUAAGAUUUGACUUUUCUCAUAAGAGGGCAUUGACCAUGGAUGAGUUAAAGAAGGUAGAAGAUAUUUCCAAUGGGCAAAUUAAAAAGAACAUGCCUGUUUAUUACAAGAAUGUUCCUCUUGACUUGGCCAAAACCAUUUCUUCGGUCCGUGCAGUUUUCGGUGAGACAUACCCUGAUCCUGUUCGUGUUGUCUCGGUCGGCAUGCCGGUAGAUGACUUGUUGGCUAACCCUUCUAAUGAAGAAUGGAAAAAGUACUCUGUCGAAUUUUGUGGUGGGACCCAUGUCGCGAAGACAGGUGAUAUUAAAGAGUUCGUCAUUAUUGAGGAAAGCGGCAUUGCCAAAGGUAUUAGAAGAAUUGUUGCUGUUUCAGGUUCUGAAGCACAUGAAGUUCAAAGGGUCGCGAGUGAAUUCGAUUCCGAAUUAGAUGCGGUUGAGAAAAUGCCUUUCUCAUUAUUGAAAGAAAAGAAGAUUAAGGAGUUAGGUGUCAAACUCAACGAAUUGACAAUUUCUGUUGUGACGAAGAGUGCACUAAGAGAAAAGUUUGCCGGCAUCGAAAAAUCGGUCAAGGACGAAGUAAAGUCUAGAGCCAAGAAAGAGAUCAAACAAACUCUAGAUGAAGUCAAGCAAUACUUUGCUGAACACGAGGACGCUCAAUACUUUGUUAAGUUCAUUGAUAUUCCAACAAAUGCUAAGGCUAUUACGGAGGCGGUGAAUCAUAUGAAAUCAUCUGCCAAGGACAAGUCGAUUUAUCUCUUCACAGGUAACGAUUCAUCCGGACGAGUUGCACAUGGUUGUUACAUCUCAGAUGCUGCUUUGAAGAAGGGUGUCGAUGGUCCACAACUGGUGAAAUUGGUGUCUAGCAGCAUUGGUGGUAAGGCUGGUGGUAAGGGCAACGUUUUCCAAGGUAUGGGUGACAAGCCUCAGGGCAUCGAAAGUGCCGUUGACGAGGUUCAACGCUUGUUCAGUGAAAAAGUAACUCUAUAA